UUGUUCGAACUAAUCGAUAAGAAUCGUAAACAUUGGUUGCAUGAUUACCGGUACACCUGGUAUCGGAAAGACAUGCUUUGGUUUAUUCUUUUCUACGGUACAAUGAGAAGAAUAAAGAAGAAAAAUGGGCCCAAUACCCAUCUAGAGUUGCAAAGGGGUGGUACGUUUAGGGUGUGGUAUCUGAAUAAUUACUCUGAGCACGUAAGGAAUAUUAUAACAGGCCGAAAUCAAAAAACAUUCGCAUCGACUGAUGUAUUUAGCCUUGAUAACAACAUUUUGGCUUUAUACCAAAUCACCAUAUCAACAAAGCACGGCAUAAAGGAUUUGAAGAUCUCAAACGCUUUCUCGGGUGGGGAUAUUGCAUGA